AGGUGGGUCCAAUAUAAUUCGGUACGUUCCGAGGAAUAUUGACUUCUGAUGGUAAGAGACGGGAAACAGGUCGUUUAACGAGAUUCAUCCAAUUCAACCGACCAGAACAAACAGCAGACUUGUCUCAUAUUUUAUUGUGAAUCUGAUUGACCAAGGAGAAUGCCGGGAACACCCAAUGCGCGUGUGAUGGAGGUUGAGGGUGUCGACACCAGUAAGAUAGAGGACUUCCCGCUGUCGGGGAUUAAGGUGGUUGGGUCGGUUCAAAUCGCACUGGGAGCGAUCUGCAUCACGCUCGGACUGGUGGAUAUUCUCAUGUUUGUGUUUGAGGACCAGGAUAAACUGUUCGCCACCACAGCCACGCCCAUCUCGCCGGAACUACAGCAAGCUCGGUCUACACUGAUGUCCCUCACAAUCUCGUCUGCUCCGAUCUGGUGUGGUCUAUGGUUUUGUGUGGCCGGAGCCAUGGCAGCCUGCAUGUCACAGAGGAACAAAUCAACGCUCAAUUAUUUUAAACUGACGUUCCUAGUGCUGAGUAUAAUGAACGCCGCCAUCUUUGGUCCAGUGUGUAUGACCAUCACAACCGUCGUGUCCGUCAUGAGACACACGAUGGAAGCAGAGACGUACCGAUGGUUGAUCCCCAUUCUGACAGCUUUCUUCUCCUUCAACGAGAUCGCAUUUGCCAUUAUGUCUGCUUCAAUUUGCUGUUGCUGUUCUCCUCUUCGGACAAAUAGGGUUAAAGUUCUGCUGGCUACACAGAGGGAAGAUAGUAAACUAUUCACAGUAACAAACAAGCUGACCGAACCGGAACCAGAAAAGAAACCACACAACGUCAAUAAGAAGCCCGAUCGCUGGCCGAAGAAGGAAAACAAACCCAUCCAGGAGGAGCCACUGGUUGAUGGGGAGGAGCCUUACAAUUCAAACGAGGGCGUGUCUAACUUCAAGGACCGUCCAACCACAAAAGAUUCCGUCGCUAGUUACGUUAGGCUCAAGAGACUGGCACUCCCAUCAUCCGAACAACUUACUACGUUCUAAGGGAGAUAACUCUAUAAAGAAUUAUCAGUAUAUGGCACGUCACAGAAAACACGUGAUGAUAUUCAAGACUACAAAACAUACAAAAGGUUCAUUUCAGUGACAUCCUUAUGUGUAUUCAUUAAACAAGGAGAACCUUUCGUUACUAAAUAUUUGUUGGGUAAAUUGUUUCCGAACGCGAUGGAAUUUGGCAUUAGCUAGAUAUGUUUCUUAUAGAAAGACUUUUAAGAUUAACAUGCUAGAAAUCCGUCUGACAUAAUUUAACAAUGGGGGAUUGUUUUGCAUUCUAGCUCUAUUAGUGACCAUGUUUGAUGAUAUACAUUGUAGCUGAUCCUUGUGGACAUGUGGUUUAAAUGGUAUCUUUAUAAUAUAAAUUAGGGGUUUAUUGUUGUAUAUAUUUUAUUGUCCAUUGACUAGCAUUUAAAAUUAGGAAUGUCGGUUGAUUGCAUUUUGUCUUUUUUUUCGCGGGAUAGCGUAUUUUGAACUAUUCCUAGACAGCGUUUUAUAUCCCUUUUGUAAAAUGCAAAAAUGGACGUACUUAUAUAAAACUUUAUUUCCGGAUCAUUGAGGAAAUGUUAAUGUUUACUACUGGUAUCGUUUGAGGCAGUUAAUUUUUUACGUUCUUAGUGCUGAGUAUAAUGAACGCCGCCAUCUUUGGUCAAGUGUGUAUGACCAUCACAACCGUCGUGUCCGUCAUGGUAUGUGUGAUGUAUCUAACUUCCGGUGUCCGUCAUGGUAUGUGAGAUGUAUCUAACUUCCGGUGUCCGUCAUGGUAUGUGUGAUGUAUUUAACUUCCGGUGUCCGUCAUGGUAUGUGUGAUGUAGACUCGUGUACCAGGAUCACACGAAAAUCGACAUUAAAUGCCAACCAAUAAAUUCUAAAUUAUUUAAUAUCAAUCAAAGGUUUUGAUAUUUUCGAAUUUGUUGGAGCUGUUAGGUUGUUUUCUACGCCAGGGACAUGGUGUAGAUCUACGUAUAUAAACUUCAGUUUAUAAUAAAACCAUUUCAAUAUGAUUGUUUACAAUUGUAAAACAGAUAUAUGUACAUUUUUAGUAUAAUUGAAUUCAUUUUAAACAAAAUCCUUUAGUAAACAUUUCAGUGAGAAAAUGCCUACGUUACAAACCUAACCAACUGUUCAGAGGACGUAGUCUAAGAGUAAAGGAGGUCUAGAUUCAAUCUUAUUUUCAUUUCUGUAAACCAUUUAUAAAAUUCACGGUAACUACCCCGCUCACCUCCCCCUUUUUUCGUAUUUGUAAAUUGCAGAAUUUUCUCACAAAUAGUAAACUAGUUCCAAAUCUAUGUCUUCGGUUUGCUUAAAGGAGUUUUUCAAAAUUUAGUUCAUACAAAUCCUUGACGACAAAGGACCUUCAUCCUGCUCGAUUUUCCAGCCUUUAUUACUUUAGAACUAAAUUCUUGAUUUGAUGGGCAUUCAGCAAAAAAUA